CGCAGGCGGCAUCGCCCCGGCAAAGCGGGAGCGUGCGGGGAGCCCGGGGCUCCCGGGAGCCGGGCUCGGGAGCGGGGCGCCCGCUGGGCUGCAGCAGCGCCCGGGCGAUGGCUGACGGGGCCCGCCCUCGGGUGCCUGUGAUAUUUGAGGACGUCACUGUCUAUUUGACCCUUGAGGAGUGGGAGGAAUUGACAGAAUGGCAGAAGGCGCUGUACCAGGAGGUGAUGAGGGAGAAUUACAAUCAUCUGAUUUCACUAGCAGCUGAUUUCAGGCUCCUAAAGAAGGAGGAUGAGGAUGAUAGGGAAAAUGCUGAGAACCUGGGACAACUCGAGACACCACUCAGAGACUCUGAAAAGGAAUAUCAUUCGCUUUUUUCUAUCCAGGGAGUAAACCGCACUGGUCAGGGCAGCCUUGCUGUGGGGAGGAGAAACAAACUAAAUCAAGCCCACCUGAAAGGAAAGCAUGUUGAAACCGCAAAUCCACAGCAGCUCAGCCCAGAUGAGAAACCUCACAAAUGUAGCGAAUGUGGGAAAAGCUUCCAGAAGCAUGGGAAUCUGAAACGCCACUUUCAGACGCACACUGGGGAGAGACCCUACCCCUGCCCGGAGUGUGGAAAGAGCUUCCGCCAAAAGCACCAUCUGGUAACGCACCAGAGAACCCAUUCAGGGGUGGCGCCGUAUAACUGCCCCCAGUGUGGGAGGAGCUUCAGCUCGUCUGCCCGCUUUAAAACACCCCGGAGCACCCACCGGGGGGAGAGGGCGUUUCCUUGCAGCGAGGGCAGGGAAAGCUUCCAGACGUUCCGAGUUCUUCAAGUUCAUUCACACUGGGCAGGAGCUGCAGAGGUGUAAUGACGGUGGGAGAAGUUUCAGCUGUAAGCAAACCCUUAGGGUCCACCAGAGAAUCCAUGCUGGAGAGAACCCGUACAGCGGUCC